GCUUGGUCGCUUGGAGGCCCACGCACAGAGGAAGCGCAUCCCAGUAUCCCGCACGACUAGCCAUGAGCGGCCCAAUGCGCGCCAUCCACUCGCUCCCCGCGCCACCGCGGCCGCCGGCCCCGGCGACGGCGAGGCCACCUCUCCGGCGCAAGACAACGGCAGCCUCGCCCAUCCGGGGGUACUCACGAGCACAGCCGCAACCACCGCCACCCACGCCUCCGGACCUCACCUCUCGCCGCGCCGCGCUCCUCGCCCUCAUCCUGGCCGCCUCGCCGCCCCGCCCGGCCGCCGCAGCCUUCUCCCUCGGCAUACCUGGGCCGAAGGAGCUGCUGCGGGAGCAGAAGAAGAAGUCGGCUUCCUACCUCCUUGCGCCCAUCGCUGCCUCCCGCGAUACCCUCCUCAAAGCCGAAGCUCUUCUGGCUUCGGCGAAUGCGUCUGCUGAGGACGCCGAGGAGGUGACGGGGCGGAUCGGUGCGGCAGGGAGGGACUGCGUGCCGCGGCAGAGGAACUCAAUUGUCGCGUUCCAGUCGCGGACGGGAGUUGAGGUGUGCACAUUCAGCUUGAUACUGAAGAAUGCCGCGUCGCUGCUCAGCAAUAAGGAUCCUCUCAAGGUUGAGGCUGAUGCUAGGCUUGGGGAGCUCAUACAAUCAUUUUCUGACCUGGGAACAGUAUUGGAGAACAGUAAUUUCGAGCUCACUGGCGAUAGGGUCUUUGAAGCUAGUAAAUGCUGGCAUUUAUCAGUUUUACUGUCCUGCAGAGAGAAGAUGAAGGAUGGCUUGCUGAACACUAUCUCUGCCCUUGACAAAUUUGAACAGAGUGUUAAAGACUGUUUAGGUGCUUAGAACUUUUUUGCCGAAUUCCAUCAAAUUUCUCAAGGGUUUAGAAUAACUUAUUGUUUUUGUUUUUGCACAUCAGUCACCAGGGCCUUUUAUUGUGCAACACACUUUGUAUAUUUGAUUUAAUAUAUGCUAUUCGUGGUAAAAGAA